AUGUCUCGUCGAGCUCUUUUGAGCGUUCCUCGCACAAUUUCCGCCUCGGUCCAAUCCUCCGUCCGACCCUCUCUCGCCUCCCAGACUGCGUCGCCAUUCCUCAGACCUGCCAUCGCGCAGCCAUCGCAGCAGAGACGGUCGUAUCACGAGAAAGUCUUGGACCAUUAUUCCAACCCUCGAAAUGUCGGCUCCAUGGACAAGACUGCUCCCGACGUCGGUACAGGCCUCGUCGGCGCCCCUGCAUGUGGCGAUGUCAUGAAACUGCAAAUCAAAGUUGACCCGGAGACCCAAAAGAUUUCAGAUGUCAAAUUCAAGACCUUUGGCUGCGGUUCCGCCAUCGCCUCGUCGUCGUACCUGACCGAACUGGUACGCGGCAUGACGUUGGAGCAGGCGGGAAAGAUUCGAAACACGGAGAUCGCAAAGGAGUUGUGUCUCCCGCCCGUCAAGCUGCAUUGCUCCAUGUUGGCCGAAGAUGCCAUCAAAUCGGCCAUCUCGAACUACUACCAGAAGAAUCCUAAGGCGCGGGCAACCGAUCUGGGUAGCGCUUCUGCGUCGAUGCCCAAGAUCGAAAUUGAACGGGUGACGGCCACCACCGAUACCGGCGCCAGCGCCACUGCUUGA